UGUCAGCGCUCUACAGAAGCCGCAUGGGUUUAUUUUGUCGUCCCUGCUAACGUGGAGUAAUUGAACUAUCCCAAAUUAAACAAGGAGUCAAACGAUGGGGGACAGUGUUCAAGAGAAAAGCCGUGGUUUGAAAUUUGCAGAGCAACAGCUCCUGCGUCAUGGAUGGGAAAAGGGUAAAGGACUUGGACGUCAGGAGAAUGGAAUCUCAGAGGCUAUUAGAGUCAAAGUGAAAUGUGACAAGGGAGGGGUGGGACACAAGCAAGGAGAGCAGUUCACCUUCCACUGGUGGGAUCAUGUCUUCAAUAAGGCUUCUGCCAGUCUGCAGGUGGAAUCUGACCAGAAUGGUAUUAAGGUGAAGAAGACUGUGGAGGAAGAUGAGGAUUGCGUCGUCUCCAACAAGAAACCAAGGAAAGCUGCAUUGGCAAAAACCAAGCUGUAUGGAUGCUUUGUCAAGUCAGCCACGUUACGCUCAGGUGAGGAACAGCCAGAACCGGAGUGUCCCAGUUCAGGCGACACUAGCAGUUUGGAUGAUGAAGAUGACCAGCGACUGGACCUGUCCAGCACCACCAAGCUGUCUGACGCUGACCUCAUGAAGGCUUGUGGAGGGCGCACAGCUCACAAGGGAGCCAGGCACGGCUUGACCAUGAAUGCCAAGUUAGCCAGGCUGGAGCAGCAGGAGGCGGAGUUCAUGGCAAAGUACAGCAAGAAGAGCCAAUCAGCAAACCCGUCAGCUGAGCACGUCGUACAGUCAGCAGACGGGAGCCCUGAGGAGGAGGAUGCAGGGGAGGUGUCACAAGGCAAGAAGGCAAAGAGGAAUAAAUCAAAUGAACAUUUAACUGAAACAAACUGCAACAUGGUCUCUGAGAGUCCUGAAAUAGAAAACAGACCCAAGAAGAAGAAGAAGAAGAGAGGAAAUCUGGAAGAAGUGAUGGAAUUAGUUCCCCCAGAAGAAGAAUUAAAUCCAGUUGAUCCUCAAACAGUAAAGAGGAAACCAAAAAAGAGGAAAAGGCUCAGGGAGGAAAAUGGUGAAGUGAGAGAGGAAACAGGGCCAACUUUAAAUAGCGAAUGUGUAGGAAGGACCUCCGAGACUGACACAAAAAGAAGAAUGAAAAAGAAGAAGAAGAAGAAGGUGUCCUCCAAAGAGCAGGAAGAACAUUUAGCUCCUGCGGCAGCGGAACAAGCCAAUGAUACAGAAUCCAAACAGUCGGACUCGGUUCAGGACUGCAACCCAAAAAAGAAAAAGAAAAACGAUGCAGCCGCUCAACAGCAAGGGGACGUUGUGGAGAAGGAAUCUCCAGAUAAACAUAAAAGGAAAAAGAAAAAAAAACAAAAAAACGAAUAGACUGUAGCAGAUCUCACAAACCAGAAGGUGAUUCCUCCUGAAAAUGUUCAGAGGAAUAAUGUACUGUACGACAAUGUCUGCAUCAAGAGUCUGAAAUAAUAAUAAUCAUUACAUUUAUAUAGCGCUUUUCUAGACAGCCAAAGCGCUUCACAGUGAAGGGGGUAACCCACUUCAACCACCACCAAUGUGUAGCACCACCUGGGUGGUGCACGGCAGCCAUGUUUCACCAGAACGCUCACCACACAUCAGCUCGAGGUGGAGAGGGAGGAACCAUUGAGCCAAUUCCAUGGAGGAUGAUUAGACGGCCAGAUGGAGAGAGCCAGGCUGGGAAUGUUGCCAGGACACCGGAGGACCUCCUACUCUUUGUGAUAAGCGCCCCGGGAUCUUUAAUGACCACAGUGAGUCAGGACCUCGGUUUAACGGCUCAUCUGAAGGACGGCGUCUCCUACAGCACAGUGGCAUUGGGAUUUGUUGUUUUUAUUAGGACCAGAGGGAAGACUGCCCCCUACUGGCCCACCAACACCACCUCUGGCAGCAACUUAGUUUUCCCAGGAGGUCUCCCAUCCAAGUACUAGCCAAGCCCACACCUGCGUCGCUUCCAUCAUUUGGCAGAGCCAGGGUACAUGUUGGUAUGGCUGCCGGCAAAUGAUAUUAGAGAUUAUAUUCUGAAUGAUGUAAAACCCAGAGCUGUAUCGUACUACUGCUGUUUUCAUUACAGCCCGUUGCACACAUCUGAAUUAUUUGACAAUUAUUUGGCUGUUCGGUCAUUUGUUGCAGCCACAGACCAGAACGAUGAUCACCUUUAAUUUGAAAUGUGUCUUAGUUAGUCUGUCAUUGGGCCCUGUGGUGAAAUAUGACGAGUUUCUUGGUUUGAAAUCAUUUGGCCCCAGCAGAUUCUGUGAUGCAACAUGCGUCCCAACGUUUCUGAAUUGGUGCUAAAACCAGUUUUGUCAUGUCGGCGGGUAACAACACGAGAGGCUGUUUUAAGCACAAGGUCUGUUGACGCUUCAUAGCUGCUUGCCUUGACUGAUGUCUUUUACAACGGAACUGGGAAUAUAAAAGGCUAAAAAUUCAGUGGAGCCAUUAAGUUACAAAGUGUUCUUCCUUUUGGGUGUCUUUAUUACUAUUAUUCCUUUUUGCAGUGGUUGGAAGAGGUGACUGCUUGCUGAUUGACAGCAGUACCUUUUAUAAUUAACCACAUUACACGGUAUUAAAAUGUUACACUGCAAAAACACAAAUUAAAUGAUUCUACACAUCAAA